GGGGAAGGCAGGCCUGCCCCUUUAAGGUAGUGUCCCUCCCCCAAGCUUUCAGCUGCUGACCCUUGACACCCCCCACCCCUUUUGCUGAAAGUAAGAAGCCUGGGUCCUCUUGCCAUCAGGGUUCCUUACAUCUCUGCAGUGCUCAGCUGGAGGCUGAGGCCGGGCUUCCCCUCACAGGAGCUCCCCAAGAGAACCAGAUAGGGUCUAUGCCUGAAGACUGAUUGCCAGUGGUGGGUGUGCCUAGGUCCCAGGAUGCCCCAAGGGGACUAGAAGUCCAACACCUGAAACCUCGCCUGUGGUUUCCAUUCUCCUGCUCCACCAUGGGGCUCCCGUUGGCUGGACUGUGUAUUUGGGUGGCUAUAGGGUGGGUGGGGGCUUUGGACCCCUCCACAGGUGCUGCGGCUCCCCUGGGCCCUGCAGAACAGGAGCAGGGACAUUAUUUGGCACAGCUGUUUGGCUUGUAUGGAGAGAACGGAACCCUGAGUGUCGGUGGCCUUGCCAGGCUCCUUCAUAGCCUGGGCCUGGGUCGGGUUCAGGGACUUCGACUAGGACACUCGGGCCCCACAGUGGGGAGGGCUGGGCCCUCCCCUGGGGACAAUUUCACACACAGGCUAUUGGACCCUGGGCUGAGUGUGGAUGUCUGGGCAGGACUGCCCCUGGGACCCUCCGAGUGGAGAGAUCCAGAGAAGACAGGAGCCUCCCACAUGCCUCAGGGGCCACCAUCCUCUGGUCUUGACCUCUUUCACAGACUACUACUCCUGGACCACUCACUUUCUGACCAUCUUAAUGAAGACUGUCUAAAUGGCUCCCAGCUUCUCGUCAAUUUUGGCUUAAGCCCCGCUGCUCCCUUGACCCCUCGUCAGUUUGCCCUUCUGUGCCCAGCCCUGCUGUACCAGAUUGACAGCCGAGUCUGCAUCCAGGCCCCAGCUCCUGCCCCCCAAGGGGACUUACUGUCAGCCUUGGCGCACAGUGCCCUGGCUGUCCUGGUGCUCAGUGCUCUGGCUCCCUUCUCCAUACUACUGUUCCGACUCCUGGGGUCCUGGCUGCUGCGUCCUCUGCUGGGCUUCUUGGGGGCACUGGCUGUGGGCACACUUUGUGGAGAUGCUCUGCUGCACCUGCUGCCACACGCUCAGGGAGGACGUCAUGGGGGGGACCUAGGCCCUGGGUUGGCUGUGCUGGGAGGUCUCUUCCUACUCUUUGUCUUGGAGAAUCUGCUAGGGAUUUUUCAGCACGGUGGGCUACGAUCGAGAUGUUGUAAGCAGAUGAGAAGAGACCCUGAAGUGCAAGACCUAGAGAAUGGCAGGGGAACAGCUCUCCAACCCCUAAGGGAAGGCCCAGUGAUGGAAGGGCCACAGGAGCUGGGUGGUCAACCUUCCCCAGCCCUGCUCCCUCUGGGACACCAAGGCCACGGACAUAGCCACGGGCACCCAAGCAGUGGGAACACUCAAGUCACAUGGAUGGUCCUGCUGGGAGAUGGACUUCACAACUUCACUGAUGGGCUUGCCAUUGGUGCUGCCUUCUCUGAUGGUUUUCCCAGUGGCAUCAGCACUACCUUGGCUGUCUUCUGCCACGAGCUUCCCCAUGAAUUGGGUGAUUUCGCUAUGCUGCUCCAGGCUGGGCUGCCCUACAAAAGGCUUCUGCUGUUAAGCUUGGUGUCAGGGGCCCUGGGGCUGGGAGGUGCAGCCCUGGGAGUGGGUCUCAGCCAGGGCCCUGCCCCAUUCACUCCCUGGGUUUUCGGGAUUACUGCUGGGGUCUUCCUUUAUGUGGCGCUUGUGGAUAUGCUACCCACCCUGCUUCAUCCCCCAGACCCCCUGCCUACAUCCCACAUCCUGCUGCAGGGGCUGGGCCUGCUGCUGGGGGCAUGCCUCAUGCUGACUAUUGCCCUGUUUGAGGAGCAGCUGCUUCCCCUGCCCUUGGACGGCUGAAGUGGAGUCACAGAAGGAAGGGGUCACGGCUCCUCUCCCCUGCCCACCGCCCCCCCUCCAUCCCAGGAACAGAGGCCGGACACAGGGCCAAUAGGAGCAAUAGGACUUUAAUAAACAGAACCCAUCCCAAA